AUGACUACUACCAAGCCAACCUUCAUUUUUGUCCCAGGCGCGUGGCACUGUACGACCAAGUUUGAGCCAGUGACCUCUCAGCUAGAGGCUCUGGGAUAUCCAACCAAGUCUGUUCAGCUCCCGUGCUUUGGCGCGGAGCCUCCGUUAUCAGACUUCCAGCCCGACGUUGCUGCCAUCCGGCAAGAGAUUGAAAAGACUGUAGACGAUGGCGAAGACGUUGUGCUCUUCAUGCACAGCUAUGGGGGCAUUGUAGGAGUCUCCCUUUUAGACAUGCUUCAAGGCAUCCCGCUUCCUUGGUUUAUCGUGUCAGAGGACAAGACAAAAGUCGACCCCGAUUGCCCCGAGGACAUCUUCUAUAACGACAUGGAAGAAGUCGCCAUCAAGGAAACGAUUGCAGGACUCAAGCAUCACAGCUAUCAGACCUUCUACAGCAAGCUCACAUACCCUGCUUACAAAGACAUACCGGUGACGUACAUCAAGUGCGCGUUGGACAAGGCGGUUCCUCCAGAAGGUCAACAACAGAUGAUUGACGUCUCCGGCGUGGACGUUGUUGUUGAGGAUAUGGAAACCAGUCACUCUCCGUUUUUGAGCAAGCCGGAUUUGGUCAUUGCUGCUUUGAGGAGGUCGGCAGGCGAGAGCUUUUGA